GCGCGAGCUGGUUGAGUAACCCUUCCUCCGUCACACGCCGCUGUCAAAGGGAAACCGUUCUGUGGGUUGUGAGCACCGUAGUCAUGGACGGUUCUAUUAAAACACCAAUUAAAUAUUCCGACGGAGUGAAAGAAGAUUUAAAAGUAGGUAAAACGGCUUCUUCUGUCCAAGGCUCCGAGGACAGCCGGGGCUCGUGCCUAAAGCGUUGCUUCAUCCCGCCGGACUACCGGCACGAGCUGGUUCAACUUUUCAAGUUAGCGGGACCAGUGAUCAUUUCCCAGUUGAUGGUCUUUAUGAUCAGUUUCGUCAGCACUGUGUUCUGUGGUCACCUGGGGAAAACUGAACUUGCAGGAGUAGCAUUAUCAAUUUCGGUGGUUAAUGUCACCGGUAUUUCCAUUGGCACUGGUUUGUCGUUAACUUGUGAUACCCUCAUAUCUCAGACGUAUGGGAGCGGUAACUUGAAGCGUGUGGGUGUGAUUCUCCAGAGGGGGGUUCUGAUUCUGCUGCUGGCCUGUUUCCCCUGCUGGGCUAUCCUCAUCAACACUGAACCUCUCCUACUGGCAGUCAAACAGAGCCCAGAGGUGGCCAGUAUCGCCCAGCUGUAUGUGAAGAUCUUCAUGCCUGCUCUGCCGGCUGCCUUUAUGUACCAGCUGCAAGGGAGGUAUCUUCAAAACCAGGGAAUUAUAUGGCCUCAGGUUGUGACAGGCGUGAUUGCAAAUAUCCUCAACGCAGUCAUCAACUACGUCUUCCUCUACUGUCUGGAUAUGGGCGUUGCUGGAUCUGCUGCAGCCAAUGCGAUCUCCCAGUAUUUGCUGGCUGUAAUCUUAUUCACGUACAUCGGCUGCAGGGGUCUGCACAAGGCUACAUGGGGAGGUUGGACACUGGACUGUCUGCAGGAGUGGGGGCCCUUUGUCCGGCUGGCCAUCCCCAGUAUGCUCAUGCUUUGUCUGGAGUGGUGGAUAUUUGAAAUAGCUGGAUUCCUGGCCGGAGUGAUCAGUGAGACUGAGCUGGGAGCUCAUUCUAUAGCUUAUGAGCUGGCGGCCUUAAUUAACCUGACUUUUAAUUAAUCAAUUGGUUUCCCACUUGGAUUUGCUGCGGCUGCCAGUGUACGGGUUGGGAAUGCUCUUGGUGCAGGAAACAUAGAGCAGGCCAAACUGUCUUCCAAAGUCCCCAUCAUUUGUUCAUUCAUAAUUGCAUGUUUCGUUGGAGCCAGCCUCAGCCUCUCCAGAAAUGUCAUUGGAUACAUCUUUACAUCGGAACUAGACAUUUUACAGAGGGUUGCUGACGUCAUGAUCAUAUUUGGCUUUGUGCAUCUUGCUGAUGCUGUUGCGGGUGUUGCUGGAGGGGUUCUCAGAGGAGCAGGGAAACAGCUGAUUGGUGCUCUGUGUAACCUGGUGGGAUACUACUUUAUUGGUUUCCCUAUUGGUGUGUCCCUAAUGUUUGCAGCAAACAUGGGCAUUGUAGGACUAUGGACAGGACUUUGCAUUUGUGUGUUGAUGCAGUCAAUUUUCUUCGUCAUAUUUGUGUGCAAGCUCGAUUGGAAGAAGGCUGCUGAAGAGGCUCUUGUGAGAGCAGGAGUCCAGAUCAAAGACGAAAAUGAGAUGGUUGAGAUGAAAAUUAAAGACUCGAAUCAGAACCAGUACCAGGUCAGCACUACUGCAUCUAGUGGUGAGAUUGCUGAGGUGGACCACACGUGUCAGGAGGCGCAUGUUGCAGACCAGAAUAAAUCCACUACCACUACAGUGGGAAAUGUUUUGUCAAUAACACAGCUGGUUUUACGGCGGGGCCUCAUAUUGCUGCUCAUGGUCAUCAUCCUCGUCGCUGGAAUCAUCGCAGACAUCUUCCUCACCAGGCUGCUGAAAUAAGUCGUCCGAUGAUUCAAGGCUUGCUUUCAGACUGAUGGCUGUCAGGAUUGAUAGCAUCCAUCCAUUGAAGUAAAUGAAAAUGUUAACACUGAAUCACCUUGUAAUGAAAUGGUUACUGGUGCUGUUGAUCCCACUGAGGAUCAACCCCUCAGUCUGCAGUAUUGUGCAGGGUUUAGCCAACAACCCUUUCAUAGACUACUGGACAGCCACUUAAUGGCAGAGAGUUGAAUCAAACAAGGCGAUGGAAUAUCUAGCCGAUGAGACCCAGGUAUUUUUGAGAAGUUACAAUGUGCAACAGUCUAGACGGCAAUAUGAAACCAAGCCUACUAUGGCACAUAGAGGUCGAAAAUGGCUUAAUGCAAUUUGCAAGGAUUUCUUGAGGCAUGUUUGAUUCUGCAUUACAGUAUGGUGCUGUAUUCUGUAUCAUAGUGAAUUUGAAUAAUUUAGGAACUGUUCGUUUUUUAUUUGAUGGGCUACCGGAGGAGUUUUGGUAUCUUUAAUCAAAAUAGACUUGACCCUCCUUCGCUUUGGCCCUCCAAAACGAUUGGGAAAAUGCUUGCCCCACCCCAACAAUUUAUUGAUGCCUUCUGUACAGGAUGUGCUUGGCAAAGAAGUACAGAUAGCCACUGUUUUACUACAACCAUGACAUCAGAUUCAACCUCUGCUGUGUCAUCUUACACACCACACUCCACUGGGUAAUAACCCCUACUGACAGCUGGCCCGCCCAAUCGGUAAUUCCAAGUUAAAGCAACACUAGAGAACCUUCCCCCUCUAGGUGAGAAGCCCCUGGCUGCAUACUUGCAGUCCUCCAUGUGGGCGGAGUUACACGUUUAACCUCGCCCACUGCCCAACUCAUUUAAGAAAGACAAGAAACCCUAAUGAAUGUGGCGAAAUGCAGCAACAAUUAAAUUUAUCUUUGGUUUUUCUAAUUAUGAAAUACAAUAUUGACACAUUUCACAAAAAAACAGAUUAACUACCUAUCAAAACAUUAAAUUACCUUUAUGCAUUAAAUGAUAAAAGUAAGGUAUUUGAAUGUGUAUUUAUCAUAAUCAAAUGCAACCUGAGAUACUUUCUUAUUGUUAUCACAAUCUUAUUGUUGAUCACUAGACUGUUUUUUUUUUUAUUUAACAACAUAUUAUUAAACAACAAACCAACUUUAACAUAAAACAAGCAGACAAGCAGUAAAAAUGUUAAUGAAAUACUGAAAGGAUAUUAAUGAUGAACAUAAUGACAAAAAUGAUAACGUUAAUAAUGAAAUCAAUAAUGAUAGUAAUGAUGAUAAUGAUAUUAUAAUAACAACAAUAAUAAUAAUGACAAUAAGAACUGUAACAAUCAUG